AGACUGGGGAGCCUGUGAGGUCAUUGCUGGGCGUAUCGGUGCUCAGCAGGCUUCCCUGAGCUAUCCUGAUUUCCUCUUAAGUGCCAGGCUUGCCAGGAAGGCUGCAAGGAGGAGCUGGCUUUCUCUUGCUGUCCAUACCUGGGCAAUAACUGAGUCCAGCUUAGGAACAAGGUCCCCAGAGAGGCUCUUUCCGGACUGGCCCUAUCCCCUCCAUUACCAUGUGACACUGAAGAGCCAGCCGGCUGACGCUGAGUCUGAGCGCCAGUCUGCCUGCAGCUUGGUAGCUCCGGCAGCCGCUAGAGGCUUGGUCUGGCCAAGACAGUUCCCUCCAAGGCCGGGGUGGAGCAGGGAGGACCAGAACGGGGUGUCUGGAGAGAGAAAACGCAACACAGACUUCUGCAGCCUCUGCUGCCGUCACCCUCACCCCACGAUGUCGCUGAGAGUGUACCCGCAGUAUCCCAGGACCCAGGAAGACAUGGCAUUCAACCUGACCAUCCUGUCCCUCACCGAGCUCCUAAGCCUGGGUGGGCUGCUGGGCAAUGGGGUGGCCCUCUGGCUGCUCAACCAGAACGUCUACCGGAACCCCUUCUCCAUCUAUCUCUUGGAUGUGGCCUGUGCUGACCUCAUCUUCCUCUGCUGCCACAUGGUGGCCAUCAUCCCUGAGCUGCUGCCGGACCAGCUGAGCUUCCCAGGAUUCGUACACAUCAGCCUGCUCAUGCUGCGAUUCUUCUGCUACAUUGUGGGGCUGAGCCUCCUGGCCGCCAUCAGCACGGAGCAGUGCCUGGCCACUCUCUUCCCCGCCUGGUACCUGUGCCGCCGCCCACGAUACCUGACCACCUGUGUGUGCGCGCUCAUCUGGGUGCUCUGCCUGCUGUUGGACCUGCUGCUGAGCGGGGCCUGCACCCAGUUCUUCGGGUCACCCAGCUACCACCUGUGUGGGAUGCUGUGGCUGGUGGUGGCAGUGCUCCUAGCUGCCUUGUGUUGCACCAUGUGUGUGACCAGCCUGCUCCUGUUGCUGCGGGUGGAGCGUGGUCCGGAGAGGCACCAGCCCCGGGGCUUCCCCACCCUGGUCUUGCUGGCCAUCCUCCUUUUCCUCUUCUGUGGGCUGCCCUUCGGCAUUUUCUGGCUGUCCAAGAACCUGUCCUGGCACACCCCCCUCUACUUCUACCACUUCAGCUUCUUCAUGGCCAGUGUGCACAGUGCGGCCAAGCCUGCUAUCUACUUUUUCUUGGGCAGCACACCUGGCCAGAGGCUGCAGGAACCCCUCCGGCUGGUGCUCCAGCGGGCGCUUGGGGAUGAGGCUGAGCUGGGGGCUGUGAGGGAGGCUUCCCAAGGGGGACUUGUGGACAUGACUGUCUAAGCCCAGUGGGUCACAACUGUAGCUCCAGCCCAUGGGGGCCAGGGGAACUGCCUGAUAGAGCUAAGAGCCAGGAUCAGAGCUCUACCAGCAAGACCCUGGAGGAACAUCUUUGCUGAUGACCCAGUCGUGUGUCCCCUGGGAGGAUGCUGGGAAGGGGCAGACCGAGUGAUGUUUCUGCAGAGGGCCUAGGAUUGUGCAUAUUAGGCAAGAGCUCCAGGACCACCUCGUGACGGCUGUUUCCACAGCUACCCUUCCCCAACAGCUACAGCAAGGAGAGGGGGCAGGCAACGGUCCCCCCACUAUCAGCAUCCUCCUAGCUAUAGAGAGUGGGGUGAUUUUUUUUCUGUGCUCCACGCUCCUCCCUUUAGUGUGGAGUAAAUGACACUGAAAUCGGACACUCGGUUAGGUAUGGGAGAAUAAGUGGCUUGGGAGUCCUCAGUGGCUGCACUAUAGCCGAAGGUGUCCUCCUGACCCCAUAACACAGCCAGAGAGCAAAGCCUGCCUGGCUUCUGUCAGGCACCAAGAGCAGAGCUGGCACCGUGGCCUGGCAAGCUAUGGCAGGCGGGUUGUAAACCAAGUCCUGCCUGAGCUACAUCUGUAACUCUAGUUUCAGGGUAUCUGUCUCCCUCUUUUGGCUUCUGCCGUCAAAGCAUGCAUGUGGUACACACACACACACACACACACACACACACACACACACACACACACACGAGCACACACAAUGAAUACAGAGUUCAAGGUCAGUUUAAGCUAUAGGGGACCCAUCGCAGAGAACAAAGCACAGACGGGGGUGUGUAGAAGAGAGAGCAGCACUGGAUAAUGCAUACCUCACCCAACACUGCAGAAAAGCUGGUGACUCCUGCGUCUCAAUCUCUGCGUGGGCAGCAAGGCCCCUCUCAGCUCCGCCCAUACCCAAAGCACCCCUACCUUGCUAGGAUGGAGCCCAGAGCUUCAGCAUCUGCACAGCUCCUGCCUCCCCCUCUGUCCUGGACAGGAUCUAUCUAGCAGAGUUCCUCUGAGGAAGUCGUCUGGCUGCACCCCACAGCAGGUGGCUGAGCUCCUGCCUGGAGCCCACCUAUCCAGGCACAGGUGGCUGAGAACCAGGGCUUGCCACCCCCCAUGUGUCCCUGCACUAAUUCUACCCUUACGCUUCUACUCCCUCGUGGAAUGCAGUCAGUUGACUUACACAUACACAGUGGAGUUGUGUCCAGCAAGUCCCAAAGGGUUUUAGUCUAUCAUCAGCACUCCAGGUCCACAUCCAAGAUGUGCUGGCCUCCUUUGAGAUCUGUGGGGGUGUAAUUCUGAUUUGGACCAGGCCCACAGAUCAAAGGAUAUUUGGUCUCCGUCAUGAUUAAACUUGUACCCGAGUCUGGACAAGGACAGCAGAUCACGGCCUGGCAUCCUGGAAUUGACAACUCUCCCGCCCCACCCCACUCAGGUUGCCUUGGGAUGCAUCCUGUGGCAUGAUGCCUCCACUUCCGAUUCUCUGGCAAGUCUAGAUGCAGGGACCCCAGGAGCUUGAGGAUGGGGGAGGCUGGUCCUCCUCUUCCAGGGGAGUCCCUUCCAUCCCCCAUGAGGGCCUUCCCUCCUCCAUAUUGGAGCUUAGGAGCUGGUGUGGCUGUCUGUCCGCCUCCAGGACAGGAUUCUCAACUUCAUGCUGAGGAACCGAGAACACGAAGGGAAGUAGCCUGUCCACAAGUCCAACUUUCGGCCUCUGGACACCCACUUCUCCCCAGGGAGAGUGUCCAAGCCAGCCUUGCAGGUGUCCAUCCAACUGUGCAUUAGCUCAGAGCCCUGUCGGUGAUGCUGGAAGGCCCUUCCACAGUACAGUAAGACCCUGAGGCUCAGAGUGGUCUGUGUCUGCUUAAGACAACCCUGAACACGGCCCAGAGCCUCUGCUGCUCUCUGAGCUAGCUUCAGCUAUCAGCUUGACACAGUCCAGAGUUACCCGAGGGAGUCUCAGGGAAAUGUUUUGAUCAGGUUGGCCUGUGGGCAUUUUCUUGAUUGCUAGUAGAUGUGGGAGGGCUUAGCCCACUGUGAGCAGUACGUCCCCUAGGCAAGUGGGCCUGGGCUAUAUAAAAAGCUAGCUAAGCAUGAGGCUAGGGGCAAAUCAGUUCAUUAAGCUCCAUGAUUCCUGCCUCUGCUUCUGCUCCUGCUUGAGUUCCUGCUCGACUGCCCUCACCGAUGGACUGUGACCUGGAUGUAUAAGCUGAAUAAACCUUUUCCUCCCCAAAUGGUUUUUGGUCAUGAU